AUGGCUUACACCGACGAUGCUGUGUUGGCCAAGCUCUCUGCCCUCUCCGAGGCGGCAGACAGCAUUGUGUCCGUAUCCCAGUGGAUCAUGUUUCAUAGACGCCAUGCAGAUCGAACAGUGCAACUGUGGCUCCAACGCCUUAAAGAUUCUACAAGUCACAAGCGAUUGAAUCUCAUCUAUCUUGCCAAUGAGGUUGCACAACAGACGAAAGCUCGUCAUAGAGAUGAUUUUGUUGUAGCAUUCUCGCCUAUUAUUGCGGAAGCCGUCGCCACCGCUUACAAGGGCGCAUCGGCCGAUAUACAGCAAAGAAUCAAACGGGUUGUUGACGUCUGGAGAGAACGUGCUGUCUUCGAGACGCCAAUCUUAGAAGCGAUAGAAGCUCGCGUACAAGAAAUCAAUGAGGCCCGCGGUACCGCUAAGGCCGGGCUGGGUGGCUCGAUAUUCGGAUCUGCUUCUGUUCCAACGGAGCUGGCCCCCCUGACAACUCCUCAGCAAAACGUGACGAAGCUACUUCUAAGUACAAAGUCUACCGUCAACAUAGCCAAUCAAGAAUACGACAAAUUAUUGGGCCCUGGAAGUACUGCGCCUUCGGCCCCUGUGUAUGCUGCUCGUCUAAGCGGAUUGCUGAAGACACUAGCCCAGGCGGAAGGAGCAGUAGACCAAUGUGUGAAGGCUCGCCGGGAGCUUGUUGCAGCUUUGCAGAAAGUCCUAGACAGCAACAGAAACGCACUAAUAUCUGAGGAAGAUCAGCUAGAGACUUUCGUAAGACGAAGAAUGGAAGUGGAGGAUAAGAAGACCGAGGUCGAGAGAGCAAUUAUGGCAGGACUUCCAGACGAUGAGCCUUACUUCAGCAAUGGCCAAAAUGAUCAUCCAGAUCCAGAGCCUGAUAGACCAGAGGUUGAAGAACUUACACCACCGCCUAUGGAACCGGAUUUUCCGGGAAACGCCGACAUGACGGAUAAUACAGGUAGUACCCAAGAAACCACCGACCAACCGCCCACCGUGGAGGAUACCGACACUCACGCUAAUCUCAGCGUCCAGUAUAAGUCGGUGCCAACUACGAUGAACGGGUCUAAGAAACGCAAGCUCGAUGAUGGCAAUGAUUUUCCCGACUUAGGAGAAGAUGAUGGCAUCGACUCGGACGUGGCCGAGAUGCUUCGUAGAGAUAGCAGCGAUUUCUCCUACCGUUUUCAAGACGAACUAUCACUCAUCUUGUUCCAUCCGAUCGCAAACACCGCUAGCCUUUUCUCCGAAGCUCGGCGUUACUUCUACGUCACGAAUACGAACAUCGAACUCGCCAUGGAAAUCGCCAUGGAAAUCGCCAAUUGUAACGAAAAGAGGGACAUCAGUAUCGUUGCUUCAACGGCGGCUAAGACUGUAGAAGACGUUGCGCAAUCCUACGAGGGCUUCGGCAAAACUGAAAAAGCUUCUAAGGCGGCUCAGGUCAACUUACGCGCUCGUCUUUCCCAUGAUGGGAAAGAUAGCAAGAAAAGCUCGGCCUCGUUCAACGAAAUAUGGCGCCUCAUCAAGAUCGCGAAGCCAGAGGCAAGGAAUCUUAUUAUUGCCGUGGUAUUGCUGCUUAUCUCUUCGUCUCUCUUCGUCUCGCUCCCCCUGGUUGUCGGCAAAGUCAUGAAUGUUGCUACUGCGAAAGCUGCAGCAGAUACAGAAAUGUUCGGCCUGUCACUCUAUCAGUUCUUCGGCGCUUUCGGAUUGGCUCUUACCCUCGGCGCAUGCGCUAAUUUCGGACGUAUCGUCCUACUGCGAAUCGUUGGCGAGCGAGUCGUCACACGCCUACGAUCGCAGCUCUUCAGGAAGACGUAUAGCCAGGAUGCUGAGUUUUUCGAUGCGAACAGGGUCGGUGACCUGAUUUCUCGGCUCGGCACGGACACUAUUAUAGUGGGCAAGAGUAUUACGCAAAAUGUAUCAGAUGGAUUAAGAUCGAUGGUGAACAGCGUUGCGGGACUCGCAUUGAUGGCCUGGAUCAGCCCCAGUCUCACUGCUAUUAUCUUGCUCGCUGCCCCUUUCAUCGGUAGCGCCUCUUUCGUGUACUCUCGCAUCAUUCGGAGGAUAAGCCGUAAGAUGCAACAGAACCUAGGAACUCUUACUAAGAUCGCGGAAGAACGCUUAGGAAAUGUUAGAACCAGUCAGGCCUUUGCAGGUGAGGCCCAGGAGGUCCGUCGGUACAACAACCAGGUCAGGAAGGUCUUUGAGCUUGGGAAGAAGCAGUCUAUAUACGAUGCAUCAUAUUUUUCUGGAACAUCCUGGAUGGGUAACAUGACGAUAAUUGCUUUGCUCUGGUUCGGCGGAAAUCUCGUCAGAGAUGGUAUAAUGACAACUGGAGAUCUUACUACUUUUGUCAUGUACACGUUCUGGGCCGGUGGCGGGUUAUUCGGCGUGGCCAACUUCUAUUCAGAACUAAUGAAAGGAGUCGGCGCUGCUACGCGUAUCUUCGAACUUCAAGAUCGAGACUCAGGUAUCUCCUCGACUAAGGGGUUCAAAGUCACAUCAGCACAAGGACCCAUCAAAUUCGAGAAUGUUUCUUUCGCUUACCCUACACGCCCUGCUGUGAUGAUCUUCAACAACGUGAACUUCGAGAUCCCAUCGGGGACUAAUGUGUGCAUAGUCGGUCCUUCAGGCGGAGGAAAAUCGACUGUGUCGUCUUUAUUACUGAGGUUCUACGAUCCUACCUCUGGCACCAUUAAGAUCAAUGACAUGGACAUUACCAAGACGAACGCGAAGUCACUACGACGCCGUAUCGGCAUGGUAUCCCAGGAACCAGUACUGUUUUCUGGCACAGUGGCCGAGAAUAUUGCCUAUGGAAAACCAAAUGCUACGAGGUCAGAGAUAGUAACGGCUGCGCAAAAGGCUAAUUGUGGGUUUAUUGCCGAUUUUCCGCAAGGUCUCGAGACGCAAGUCGGCCCCAGGGGCGCACAGCUCUCGGGCGGGCAGAAACAGCGUAUCGCUAUAGCACGAGCACUCAUUAAGGACCCUGAUAUUCUCAUCUUAGACGAGGCUACUUCAGCUCUAGAUGCGGAAUCCGAAACGGCCGUGAAUCUAGCUCUGGCGGCACUACUCAAAGGCCGCAGGAGGACAACUAUUUCCAUCGCACACCGGCUCUCUACGAUCAAGCGCUCAGAGAAGAUUAUCGUGCUAUCUAACCAGGGCACGGUCGCCGAAGUGGGAUCCUACGAGGAACUCAGCGCAAACCCACACAGUGAAUUCACCCGGCUGAUGGAGUGGCAGAUGAGCGGAGGUGAGGUCCCAACCAAGGCGCAAGGCCCCGUACUCUCGGAAUCCGAGAUAAUCGAAGAAGAGCUCGAGGAGGAUAAUGACGAGGAGCUCGGCGAAGAGGAAGAGGAAGAAGCAAAACAGAAACCGGAGAAGUAA